UGUUGGAAGAAAAAAAUUUUGAUAAUUUUACGAAAAUUAAUGAACAAAUUAUUUCGAACAAAAGAGUUCAGUUUAGGAAUAAAAAAAAAUGAAACUAAUUUCAUCAAUCAAUAAUAUUGAUAAUGUACAAUAUGAUGAUAAUGAUAAUAAUGAUAAUCAUUAUGAUAAUCAACAACGGUCAUCAUCAUCAUCAUCAAUAAUGAUUAAUCAACAAAUUGAACAUGCAAUUGAUAGAAUGGUUAGUGAAGCUGUUGAAAGAUUAUCUGAUGAAUCGGAUGAACAGCAACAACAACAACAACAACAACAACAAAAGCAGCCAAAAAAAUGGCAACAACAUGGCCAUGAGAAUAGCCAGAGAAAAUUCAUUAAUAUUAACGAUAAAAAUGAUGCCUAUAUUCUAGAUGAUGAUGAUGAUGAUUGCGAAAAUGAUAUUAAUGAUGAUGAUGAAAAACAACAACUUUUACCAAAAAAUAGUCGAAAAAAUGCAAAAAUACGUAGCGUCAAUCAACAACGUAUCAAUAAUAAUAACAAUAAAAAUAUUAAUGAUGAUGUUGAUGAUGAUGAUGAUGGCGCCAAUAAUGCGUUGUCGCAACGCCACCAUCAAAAACAGCCAAUGAAAACAAAACAACAAAAGCAACGACUAUUGCAGCAACAACAACAACACCGACAAUCGAAAAAAAGUAGUCCCUCCGACCACCGCAGUCGACAGCCGCCUUCUUCCAACAACAUCGAAUCUUGCAUCGACCGAGCAAAUAAAUUUACAGCCGAAAACAACUAUACAGACAUUGUUAAUGAAAACAUCAUGGGUAUCACACCGUAUUUAGAAUCAUCCGCAAAUAAUAAUAAUGAUAAUGAUAGUAAUAAUGGAUCGAAAACAAAUGUUACCGGUAGUAAUGUUGAAUGUGGUCCAAAAUUUAAUUGGUAUAUUUAUUUGGUGACAAUAUUAUCGGCAAUCGGUGGUUUCCUGUUUGGUUAUGAUACCGGAAUAGUUUCUGGAGCAAUGGUUUUUAUUCGGGAUUAUUUCCAUCUAAGUACAACCAUGCAAGAGGUUGUCAUUUCGGUAACCAUAUUGACAGCAUGGAUAUUUUCAUUUAUCGCCGGUUAUUUAACAAAUAAAUUUGGACGAAAAUUAACAAUAAUAUUAGCAUCAUUUAUAUUCACUAUUGGUGGUUUUUUGAUGGCAUUAGCACAUACACAAUAUGUUUUAUUAUUAGGUCGUGCUAUUGUUGGUUUAGCCAUUGGUUUAGCAUCAAUGGCCAUACCGGUUUAUAUUGCCGAAGUAGCACCAGUUGAUAUUCGUGGUAAAUUAGUUUCUACAAAUGUUUGUUUCAUUACAUUUGGACAAUUUGUUGCAUCAAUUGUUGCUGGUUUAUUCAGUUAUGAUCCAAUUAAUGGCUGGCGUUGGAUGUUAGGUCUAGCAUCUGUACCAUCCAUAUUACAAAUGAUAUUUUUUUUCUUUCUACCCGAAUCACCUCGUUGGCUUGUACAAAAAGGACGCUAUGAUGAAGCAUUAAAUGCUUUACGUAAAUUUCGUACUGCCGAUACAAGAGAAGAUAACAUUGUGAUAGAAUUCAAUAAUAUCAAAUCAAGUUGUUUAAGUAGUGAACGUGAACGAAAAAAUAAUACAUCAAUCAGCCAAAUUUUAUCGAAUCCGACUCUAAUGAAGGCAUUAUUUGUUGGAUCUAUGUUAUCAAUAUUUCAACAAAUUGCUGGUAUUAAUACGGUUAUGUAUUAUAGUGCUACAAUUAUACAAAUGUCCGGUAUCAAUGAUAAAUCUACAGCUGUUUGGCUUUCAGCAUUGACUGCAUCGAUCAAUUUUAUAUUUUCAUUUGUUGGCCUAGUUCUUGUCGAACGAAUUGGUCGUCGAUUAUUAAUAUUAAGUAGUCUUUGUGGUGUUGUAUUUUCAUUAUUUAUGUUAGCCAUCGGUUUUCAAUUGGCUGAAGUUAAUUCACCUCCAAUAACAUUCCAUACGGAUGAUCCAAUUUCUGAUUAUUGUUCACGUAUGGCAAAUUGUGAUGCAUGUGUUUCAUCAAAUAUUUGUGGCUUUUGUUUCUUUGAUGAUCAUUCCAAUUUGUUGGGCUCCCUAUCCAUGUCAAACAUUAAUGGUACUUGUUUACCUAUGAAUCAAACAUCGAAUUUACCAUUCAGCAAUAGUUCCUAUUGUACGAAUAGUACUAAUAUAUCGAUGCAUUGGACACAUGAAUGGUGUCCAUCACAAUAUUCAUGGAUGACAUUAGCCGGUUUAAUGCUUUAUCUUUUCUUUUUUGCACCCGGUAUGGGACCUAUGCCAUGGACAAUUAAUUCGGAAAUCUAUCCUCUUUGGGCCAGAAGUUUCUGUUAUUCAGUAUCAACAUCAUUCAAUUGGUUCUUCAACCUAUUGGUUUCGCUCACAUUUUUAACAUUAACAAAUCUGUUAACAAUCUAUGGUGCCUUCUAUCUAUAUGCUGGUUUAGCUUUUUUUGGUCUGGUUAUGUUCUUUUUUAUAUUACCCGAAACCAAAGGCAAAAAACUUGAAGAAAUAGAAUGCCUAUUUCAAGGAUCAUUAUUUACAAUGGGCUUAAAUAAAAAUAUAUCACAAUAUGAUCAAGUUGAUGGAUCAGUCAAUGCAAGUCAAUCUACGGUUGUGACAAAUGCUUCAAAUGAAUCAAAUGCCGCUGUUACCGGUGCUGGUACAGUGACAAUCAUUUGAAACAAUCUCAUAAUUGAAUUUUUUUAAAAGUAUUUUUAUAUUUUGAUUCUAUCAAAAAAGAAACGAUGUAUCCCGGACCAAUUGUUAAAAAAAUUGUUUUUUUUACAAUU